CAACCAAAUGCCCUGGAAAUGCCAAACAUGCCCUUUCUGCCAAAAGAAAUACGUCAACAAAACCGGCCUCCGCAACCAUCUAGACUGGUACACCGGCGAAUGGCGCUUCCCAGCCGACGGCAUCCACGACGUCCUGAGCAUCGACCAAAUCCUUAAUCCUCCCGAUCCAGAUCAACAGAAUCAAUAUCGAUGUCCAUCAUGUGCAAAGAUCAUUAAUUCUCGGAGGGCGUUCAUGGAGCAUGUCGUUUAUCGAAUGCAUUACGGGCCUUACGGGGAUGGCAGUGGUCAUGGAGACGGCAAGGGUGAUUCGGGGACUACGACAACUAGGAGUACGGGGAAGAGGAAGCGAGGAUACCUAGAAACGUGGAUAUUACCUUUUGACGAGGAAUUGGUUAAAGUCCCACAGCGAAAGGGGCCGUUUGCGUUUCUCCGUCUUCCCUUUGACAUCCGACAAUUAAUCUACAAAGAACUCCUCCACUACACCCAAAUCACAAUCCACAAGCCCACCCGCCCCUCGACCACCGGUAGAGAGCGAAACGGCGUAUGUCUCCAGCAUAACCCCCAUCGAAACGCACUCGCUAUGCUAGCCGUGAGCCGCCAGACGUAUGAGGAGGGACGGCGGGUAUUCUAUGGGCUGAAUAUGUUUGUCUUUGAGACACUCGGUGCUAUCCCGGUGUUCUUUAUUGGUAUUGGACGGCAUAAUGCUAUGUUUCUGCGGUCUGUGAAGUGGGGGGAGGAGUGGGGGGAAUGGCAGGAAUGGAUUGAGGUUCUUCGGCCGUUUCUUGUACCUGUGGUGGAAGAAGAAGGGAGUGAUAAUGGUGAUUAUGAUGACGAGGAAGUGGAUGAAGGCGAUGGGGAAGAAAAUGACGAAGAAGAAAACGAUGAGGAAGAAGGGGAGGACAACAACAGCCAUGAAGAGGACACAACACCACCAGAUCCAACCAUCUGGACCGAUGAAGACACAUACCUAAACCUCCUCAGACUCCUCGCCGCUAAACCCCCCACAGCCAUGUACACCAUGUACGACAGCGACAGAAAUCGACUCCUGCGAUUCGAAGACGCUGGCAGCUUUGUAUCCGGUGACAUUCGCGAGCGACACAGCAUGAGCGUCACCUUGAAGAAGGAUACGAAUACAGGUAGUGUCAUAAAUAAAUGUGUGGUUUCGUUCGAGUUGCUCGAGCGGAAAAGUAAGGAGAGCCGUUUGCCGUGGAGUGUGAGGUCUAGUUAUGAGUAUUACAAAGCUCGUCAGAAGGGGGAAUGUCUGGCGACGAAUUCGAAUCGAUCAACGGCGGAUAAAAACUAGUUGUUCGUUAUUUGAAGACUCGUCCAGGUCAUAGAAGCCAUACGCUGCCUUUUGUGCCGGUUCGUGUCCUCCGUCCAUUCGACUGCGCAGCCAAAAGGUCCUAUAUUCGCUAAAUGCUUGCCGCCACUCGGCCUAUAGGGCUGACAGAUGCGUGUAUGAAUAAUAAUAAUUCGCUAAAUGCAACUUCAAGAUCAAUA